CCUCCAGAGCAUGCGCGGAGCUGCGCCGGCUGGGAUCGCUAUGGCAGCGGCGCCGCCUUGGGCCGAGUGUUCGCGCUCCAGCGCGGGCCAGGCCGUCUUUGCAGCCCGGGACACGGCUGCUUAUCGGGCAUGAACUGGGCCCCUCACUGUGGCCUGCUGCCCUGCCUUCCGCCGCCUUCGUUGCCGCACCCCGACUGUUGCCCCGCGCCGGGAACAUGCCCCUGGACACCUACAGCUACCUGCAGGUCGUGGGCAGGGGCAGCUACGGGGAGGUGACGCUCGUGAGGCACCGGCGGGACGGCAGGCAGUAUGUCAUCAAAAAACUGAACCUCCGAAAUGCCUCCAGCCGAGAGCGGCAAGCUGCUGAACAGGAAGCCCAGCUCUUGUCUCAGCUGAAACACCCCAAUAUUGUCACCUACAAGGAGUCAUGGGAGGGAGGGGACGGUCUGCUGUACAUUGUCAUGGGCUUCUGCGAAGGAGGCGACCUGUACCGAAAGCUCAAGGAGCAGAAAGGGCAGCUUCUGCCUGAAAGUCAGGUGGUGGAGUGGUUCGUUCAGAUUGCCAUGGCUCUGCAGUAUUUACAUGAAAAACACAUCCUUCACCGAGAUCUAAAAACUCAAAAUGUCUUCCUAACAAGAACAAACAUCAUCAAAGUGGGUGACCUAGGAAUUGCCCGAGUGUUAGAGAGCCACUGUGACAUGGCCAGCACCCUCAUCGGCACACCCUACUACAUGAGCCCUGAACUGUUCUCGAACAAACCCUACAACUAUAAGUCUGAUGUUUGGGCUCUGGGAUGCUGUGUUUAUGAAAUGGCCACCCUGAAGCACGCUUUCAAUGCAAAAGACAUGAAUUCUCUAGUUUACCGGAUUAUUGAAGGAAAGCUGCCACCAAUGCCAAAAGAUUAUAGCCCAGAGCUGGCAGACAUAAUAAGAACAAUGCUGAGCAAAAGGCCUGAAGAAAGACCCUCUGUGAGGAGCAUCCUGAGGCAGCCUUACAUAAAGCGCCAAAUAUCCUUAUUUCUGGAGGCCACAAAGGCAAAAACCUCCAAAAAUAAUAUGAAAAAUGGUGACUCUAAAUCCAGGCCUUUUUCUUCAGUGGUUUCUGGAAAGGCCGAAACAAACCAUGGAGUAGUUGCCCACCAACCACACUCUUCUGAAGGCUCCAACACGUAUGUAAUGGUGGAAGACAAAGGCUUAUCCCAGGAGAGACACAUAGUCAUUGGCCCCUUGAAGACACCUGCAAAUCUGAAAGGCCACACCUGCAAACCAGACAUGAGCAGUACCACAGAAUCACUAGCUACAAUCAGCAGAGUGAACAUUGACAUCUUACCUGCAGAAAGAGACCUGAGUGAUGGGUUAGUUCAAGAGAAUCAGCUAAGACACUUGGAUGCCUCUAAGGAGCUAGAAGGUAAAUGCAGUAUUUCUCAAGUGAAGGAGAGGCUGCAGGAUAACACUAAGUCCAGCACUCAGUCCGUAAACCUAAUUCCUACAUGCUCCUCUGAUGAUGUCACUGGGGAAAGAAAAGAAAAGCCUCUGCAGCCCCUAAACAAAGACCAAAAGCCAAAGGACCAGGAUCAAGUUGCUGGUGAAUGUAUUACUGAAAAAGAGGACAAAACCCACCCAGGUUUACCCGCAGUCAGCCCUGGGUCUGAAACUUCCCUGUCUCGGCAGCGACGGCAGAAGAAGAGAGAGCAGACUGAGCACAGUGGGGAACAGAGACAGUUCCAGGAGGCUCCACAUCCACUUUUGCCUUCUCUUCCCACUGUUGGAAAAGUACACGUCACACCACCCGAAAAGGAGGCUGAAAACCAAAGUAGGGCAGCCACUGAGUCUGUGAGCAGUUCCAGAAGCAGUGAGAUGUCAUCAUCAAAGGAUCGACCAUUAUCAGCAAGAGAAAGGAGGCGACUAAAGCAGUCACAGGAAGCGGUGUUCCCCUCAGGCCCUUCAGUGAGGAGCACUUCUCCUAGUGCAGCGGGGCCAGGAAAGCCACAAGAAGAAAGCCAGCCCGCUUCUGCUCUAUUGUUGUCUUCUGACCGAUGCUUUGCUCAGAAAAGAAAACUCACCCGGUGUUUCUCUGAGGAGGAGUUAAGUUCCUCUACAAGUUCAACUGAUAAGUCAGAUGGGGAUUCCAGAGAAGGGAAAGGUCAUUUGAGUGAAAUAAGUGACUUGGUACAAUUGAUGACUCAGACCCUAAAGUUGGACUCCAAAGAGAGCUGUGAGGAUCUCCCAGUACCAGAUCCAGUGUCAGAAUUUAAACUUCAUCGGAAGUACCGGGACACAUUGAUACUUCAUGGGAAAGUUGCAGAACAGGCAGAGGACCUCCGUUUUAAAGAGCUACCUUUCGCUAUCGUGCCAGGUUCUGAAAAGAUCAGAAGAAUAGUUGAAGUCUUGAGAGCUGAUGUAGUCCAGGGCCUGGGGAUUCAGCUUCUAGAGCAGGUGUAUGAGCUUUUGGAAGAAGAGGAUGAGUUGGAGAGAGAGGUACGUUUGCGGGAGCACAUGGGUGAAAAGUAUGCAACUUACAGUGUGAAAGCUCGCCAACUGAAAUUUUUUGAAGAAAAUGUGAAUUUCUGAGAAUUUAUUAUAAUACACUGCCAGAACUGAAGACCUAUAUUCAAAGGUGUUUGGCUUAAACAAAAACAAACUUAUAAUGAUGGCUGGAGGCUAUUCACCAGCCUUGUAUCUCUUUGGGUUUUUUUAUUACUAGAAAAAUAAUGGGACAGAACAAAUAUGAAGCAAGCUCACAAAAGAAACUUUGGCUGUCUUGAUCUUUUUGUGAGAAAAAAUCCAAGACUUUGGUUGCUGUUUACUGAGCCUUAAACCACCAACUUUAUAUCUAGAACUUUAUUUUUUUAAGGUACUAAUUAGCUUGAAUACUGGACCAUAUAGCAUUGGAUUGGAAGUUUUAUAUUCUACUGUAGUGAUCAAAGCAACAGGAGAAAUAAAUGAAAGAAUAUGUUCAGUGAUACUACUUGUCAUUGUUAAUAACUUUUAAGUAGUAGUUGGUAAAUUAUUUUGUAAAAAGUCAAUUCAAGAUCCUGGGAUUAAAUUUAAAGAAUAUGAACUUGUAUCUAGUACUUGAGCAACUGAAUUCCCUCUUUACAUAUUGAACAUUUUAUUUCCAUGUAAUAUGCAUGUCUUUGGGUAUACUAAUAGAUAUUUUGACUUUGUAUUUACAUGUUGGUUUUUUUUAGACUUAUUUUUCCAUCAUUGAAAACAUUUCUUAAAUACUUAUUCCUUUUCCAGUUAAGCAAUUUGUAUAUAAAAUCCAGCUCCUUUUAGUUAUGUUGGACAUAUUUGUCUCCUGAAGUUUGUCUUCUUGUACAUCAAGAUACCAAGCUGUUUUUCCAUGUUUUAAAUGUAUGCUUAUAUAUUAUUUAUUUUACUAGUUGUUUAUAUAAGGGGUAUUGCCCACCUAGGAAAUAGUUUUUACAAAAUAAGUCUUGAGUAGUCAAUUUUCACUUGUGUAUUCAAGGGGCUCUAAAAGUGAAUUCUGCUCCAGACAUGUUUUGUUUUUAUAAUUAAAAAUGUAUCUUCUUUGGAAAUAUAUACACACAUAAAAUACUUUAAUGAAAUGUUCCCUCUCCGGUCACUUUCCUGAAGCUGGGAAUAUAGUGAUGAAUAAAUUAUUAUUCCCUGCCCUUACCAUGCUCAUGGCCUAGUUUCUGAGACCUCUUAUUUUUAUUUUGAAAGGUUUGUUAGAAUUCAACUAUAAAACCAUCUAGUCCUAAUGCCCGCUUGGGGGUAGAUCUUUGGCCAACUGUUUGUCUUCCUGAGCUAUUCACCAUUUCUUGCACAUUUCAGAAAUCAACAUCUUUCUGGAAAGUCACUGAUUUACUUAAGUUUCCUAACUUAUUGGUAUAAAGAUUUACAUAUAUUUUCUUAGAAUGAAAAGAUCUCCUGCAUACUUUACUAUUCCAAUUUUAUAUAUUUUUAUUGUUUAAAUAUUCACUCAGUUUUCAUCCUAUUUUUUUUUGUUAUUUUGUGGUUCUUUUUUCUUAAAUACUUGAUAAUUUUUCAACUUUCUUAUUUAAUUAUGAAACACAUUUUUAAGACUGAAUUUUCUUCUCAAUAUACCUUUGGCCACAUUUCAGACUUAGAUGACAUUCUUGUCGUCAUUAGUUUCUAAAUAAUUCUGGCUUUGACUUCUUAAAUAAGUUUCUUAAUUUCCACGUGUUCAGAGAACCAAGGAAAUUCUGUCUCCUCACUCCAGCUACAUUGCAGUUUUGUUACUGAAUGAGCUGCAAGACCUCUUUCCUAAAAUUGUUUUUCCUUGGGGCUCAGUGCAUGUUCCAUUACUGGAAUAGCCAAUAAUGUGAGCAUUCAAUAGAGGUGAAUUCCAUUAUGCACAAUCACUAUUAAAUAUUAUACAAGUU